GCGUACAGGCAUGUCUGGGUACUGCAUUAAGCUACCAGCCCAGCAACGCACAUCGUUUGUGGCCGUUGACACGUGUCAGCCUUACGGCCUCGACUUGCUGUCAGACUGGCCGAACCCAUCCUGGGCUGCGUGUGUGAUCCUCACGGGCGUUGGGGUGGUGUACUCUCUGGUGCCUGCAGUUGGGGGCAUCAUUAACCGAUACAUUAUCCGAGCUCUCGACCCGUUUAUUACCAUCUGCUGUGCUUUCAAUACGUUUCUGUUCUUUCUGGUGUGCGUGAUAUUCCCCGCAGAACUGCACAAUAUGGUUGGGGUCCCGGCCAUUGGCGAAGUCACAGCCUGUUGGGAUGGUGGCUCGUACAGCCCGGGGAGUUACUGCUCGUAUGCCUCGGGCUAUGGAGCGAUGUGGGGGUGUUUUAUAAUUUCUCUCGCAACCACCGGAUGCUUCGGUUACUCAGCAUACUUCGUGAGUGGUUCCGGCGCUUUCGCGUGAAAUAGUAAACCCGAACGCCAACGUAGGUCGUCGUAGGAUCAUAAGAAAAUAUAGAAGAAUCGAAAUAGGCAAUCAAGUUAAAUAGUUAAUAAAUAGAAAUUCACCCUAAACAACUGAGAUGGUAUUUUUUUUCUUCGUAUUGUUGGAUUGUAUUUUAAAAUAUAUAAAUAUACGUGUGUAGGAGUUGUAGAGUUGAAG